CCUCCUGGGUUGUGGUGGAGCCGGAGCUGCUGCGGGACGGGACGGCGGCCGCCGCAGAUCUGAAGAAGGACCUAAAGGAGCCCUUCCUGCCCAAGAAUGGAAAACAGUACGACGACCAUCUCUCGGGAGGAGCUUGAAGAACUACAAGAGGCAUUCAAUAAGAUCGAUAUCGACAACAGCGGCUACGUGAGCGACUAUGAGCUGCAGGACCUGUUUAAGGAAGCCAGCGUGCCUCUUCCUGGCUACAAGGUGCGGGAGAUCGUGGAGAAGAUUCUAGCGGUCGCGGACAACAACAAAGAUGGCAAAAUCAGCUUCGAAGAAUUCGUGUCGCUAAUGCAAGAAUUGAAAAGCAGAGAUAUCAGCAAAACGUUCCGGAAAAUAAUUAACAAGAGGGAAGGCAUCACGGCGAUCGGAGGCACUUCCUCCAUUUCCAGCGAGGGCACCCAGCAUUCCUACUCAGAGGAGGAAAAAGUGGCUUUUGUGAACUGGAUCAACAAAGCCCUGGAGAAUGACCCUGACUGUCGGCAUCUCCUGCCCAUGAACCCGGCUGACAAUAGCCUUUUCAAGUCGCUAGCGGACGGAAUCCUUCUCUGCAAAAUGAUCAACCUGUCCGAACCGGAUACUAUUGACGAAAGAGCCAUCAACAAGAGAAAGCUGACCCCGUUCACUGUGUCGGAAAAUCUGAACCUGGCGCUGAACUCCGCCUCUGCCAUCGGCUGCACCGUGGUCAACAUUGGCGCCCAGGAUCUGAAGGAAGGAAAGCCUCACUUGGUGCUGGGCCUGCUCUGGCAGAUCAUUAAAGUGGGGCUGUUCGCGGACAUCGAGCUCUCCCGGAAUGAAGCUCUGAUCGCGCUGCUCAGCGAGGGCGAGGAGCUGGAGGAGCUGAUGAGGCUGUCCCCCGAGGAGCUGCUGCUGCGGUGGGUCAACUACCACCUCACCAACGCCGGCUGGCGCCCCAUCAGCAACUUCAGCCAGGACAUCAAGGAUUCAAGAGCCUACUUUCAUCUGCUUAAUCAAAUUGCCCCUAAAGGUGAUCGAGACGGCCCGGCCAUUGACAUCGACCUUUCAGGGUUUAAUGAGAAGAACGACUUGAAGCGCGCUGGCCUCAUGCUUCAGGAAGCCGAUAAACUAGGCUGCAGGCAGUUCGUCUCUCCGGCUGAUGUGGUUUCGGGCAACCCUAAGCUUAACUUAGCUUUUGUAGCCAAUCUUUUUAACACCUACCCCUGCCUGCACAAGCCUGACAAUAAUGACAUCGACAUAAACUUACUGGAAGGAGAGAGCAAGGAAGAGAGGACCUUCCGGAACUGGAUGAAUUCCCUGGGGGUCAACCCGUACAUUAACCAUUUGUACAGUGACCUGGCCGAUGCGUUAGUGAUCUUCCAGCUCUACGAAAUGAUCCGAGUGCCUGUAAACUGGAACCAGGUCAACAAGCCUCCCUACCCAGCCCUUGGAGGGAACAUGAAAAAGAUUGAAAAUUGUAACUAUGCCGUGGCGCUUGGGAAAAACGAAGCCAAAUUCUCCUUGGUGGGCAUUGCCGGGCAAGACCUCAACGAAGGCAACUCGACCUUGACACUGGCAUUGGUGUGGCAGCUGAUGAGAAGGUACACACUGAAGGUGUUAUCUGAUCUUGGAGAUGGGGAAAAAGUGAAUGACGACAUUAUCAUUAAGUGGGUCAAUCAGACGCUUAAAAAUGCAAACAAAAACACUUCUAUUUCCAGCUUUAAGGAUAAAUCAAUUAGCACAAGUUUACCUGUCCUAGACUUGAUAGAUGCCAUUGCACCGAACGCUGUUCGUCAAGAAAUGGUCAAGAGAGAAAACCUUUCUGAUGAGGACAAACUGAACAAUGCUAAGUAUGCCGUCUCCGUCGCUCGAAAGAUCGGUGCUCGGAUCUAUGCCUUACCCGACGACCUUGUAGAAGUGAAACCGAAAAUGGUGAUGACCGUGUUUGCGUGCUUAAUGGGAAAAGGGCUGAACAGGAUAAAAUAACGCAACAUUUAAUGCGCUUUUCUGCCACACUAAAUACACGGAAUGCCUCACAGUUUACAGAAUUUUGAAAUGUAGCGUGUACAAAAUCAGAGUAUUUGUAUGCUGAAAAUAGAGUUCUAUGUUCAUGAAUGAAUUCAAUACCCUGUUCCUAUUAGUUAGAACCUGACAGCCUUUUUUUUGUUUGUUUUUGGAUAACACAAAUAAUUUACCUCUUGAUACUGAUACUAGAAUGGUUCAUUAUCAACUUGAUAUUUCAUGAUGAAAUUAUUUUUGUUUCCUAAAAGUUUUAUCAAAACCAGAUAAAUUCCCUCUUUUUUCAUGGCUUUAAAAGAUCAAAAAAGUUUUUUCAGGUCCUGUUGUGAAAUGUUUGGAUUUUUUUUUGAUGUGCUAUUUAAUUUUGAUCGUAAAUAUAGCCAGACUCCAAUUUAUUCAUUUUCUUCUUCUGAUUAUGUGAUGUAAAACUCUAUUCUGUAAAUUUCUAUAAUGUCUAAAAUCUGAAAGUGACAAGUAUUGCUCAUUAGCAUGAUUAUUUUUUUGUGCCUGUACUGGGACUUGAACUCAGGGCCUCAAGCUCUUGCUUGGCCUUUUCCCAUUCAAGGAUGGUGCCCAGUUGAGCCACACCGCCACUU